AUGGCUUUCAUACCCUGCGCUAUAUCCACCAACAUCACCACUGAUCAGUCCUCUCUUCUUUCUUUGAAAUCACACACCAGAUUAAGUCCCAACCAUACAUUGGCAAACAACUGGUCAAUCAGUGCUUCUAUUUGCAACUGGAUUGGAGUUGUUUGUGGAUCAAGACACCAUAGAGUGGUUGCAUUGAACAUAUCGAGUAUGGGUAUUGUGGGUACCCUUCCACCACAAUUAGGCAACCUCUCAUUUCUUGUUUCUCUUACCAUAAGUCACAACAAUUUCUAUGGAAAUUUGCCUAGAGAGCUAGGCAGCCUACGCCGACUGCAAUACUUAGAUUGUGGUUAUAAUCAUUUUUCUGGAAAAAUUCCAGAGGAAAUUGGCAAUCUUGAGAAUGCAAAAUGGCUGAUAUUGGAAGUUAACCAACUUGAUGGUCCUAUCCCCUUUACCAUCUUCAACAUUUCCACAUUGCAAGAUUUGGUCCUCAGUGACAAUAGCUUAUCAAGCUCUCUUCCCAUGAAGCUAUGUCAACAUGCUACAAGACUCAAAAUGCUUGACUUGUCUUUCAACAAGUUGAAUGGUGAAAUAAUUUCAAAGAAUUUGUCAAGUUGCUCAGAACUUGAAAGAUUUUGGUUGAGUUCCAACUAUUUUUCCGGGAGAAUUCCUGAAGAGAUUGGGAGCUUGAAUAUGCUUAAGAUUUUAAGCCUCGGUGGUAACAACUUUGAAGGAAUAAUACCCGAAACAAUAUUUAACAUUUCUGCACUAACUAUUGUAAGUAUGGGAAACAACCGUUUGUCCGGUAUUCUCCCACCAAACAUGUGUUCACACCUUCAAAAGCUUGAAGAACUUUACUUGCAUAAGAACAAUCUAUAUGGCAACAUUCCAAGGAGCAUAGGUGAAUGCUCUUCGCUUAAAUACCUUUAUAUGUACAAUAAUCAAUUAAAUGGGUCGUUGCCGAGACAGAUUGGAAAUUUGACAAUGCUAAAGGAUCUUGAACUGGUUGAGAAUUCAUUAUCAGGUGAAAUACCUAAAGAGUUGGGCAACCUCGAUAAACUAGAGAUGCUUCUAUUGCAUGAAAAUGGAUUAAGUGGUUCCAUUCCGUGGGAAAUCUUCAAUAUAUCAACACUCGUAGGACUAUCCCUUGUAGCAAAUAACCUUUCAGGUACUCUUCCUACAUUUUUAGGUCAUUCCCUUCCAAAUUUAGGAUACUUAAACCUUGGAGCAAACUAUAUUGGAGGAGUUAUACCUCCCCACAUCUCAAAUGCUUCCAACCUUGUUGGUCUUGAUCUUGGCCAAAACCAAUUCGUAGGCUUCAUUCCAAAUUCCCUUGGAAACUUAGCACAACUCAAAUAUCUACGUCUGGCUAAGAACAACCUAACAACUGAUCCUCAAUUUAGCCUUAUAACUUCAUUGGCAAACUGUAGAUAUAUCCAAGUAUUACAGUUAUCACUUAACCCCUUAAACGCCGUGCUCCCAAAUACAAUCGGCAACCUCUCCACCACUCUCCGAAGUUUCCUCGUAGCAGAAUGUAACAUCAAGGGACGAAUUCCAGAGGAGAUUGGCAAUCUGAGUAGCUUAUACAAGUUGAUUUUAGCAUACAAUGACAUUAUAGGAUUUUUGCCUACAACCAUUCAGGUUCUUCAGAGUCUUCAGUUGUUCGACAUCUCAGGGAGCAGAUUAAUAGGAUCAUUUCCAGAUGUGAUCUGUGAGCUACGGAAUUUAUUUUGGAUAAAUUUAGGCACAAAUAAAUUUUCAGGUCCAAUCUCCGAUUGUUUAGGAAACAUUUCAUCCUUGAGAGAGAUCUAUCUGUAUGAAAACGAAUUCACUGCCUUCCCAACUAGUCUAUGGAGCAUUCAAAAUCUUUUGAGGCUCGACUUGAGUUCAAAUAACUUGAGAGGUUCUCUACCUCAAGAAAUCGGGAAUGCAAAGAUGGCAAUACUUAUUGAUCUGUCAAAUAACAAACUAUCUGGAGAAAUUCCAAGUAGUAUUGGAGGCUUGACAAGGUUAAUCAAUUUUUCUGUGGGCCAUAACAAAAUCCAGGGUUCCAUUCCCGACACAUUUGCCAAACUCCUGGAUCUAUAUUCAUUGGAUCUUUCUGAUAACAAAAUAUUCGGAAUGAUUCCCAAGUCAUUAGAGGGACUUGUGAGCAUGAAGUAUUUCAAUGUUUCAUACAAUAGAUUAACCGGAGAAAUUCCGAGUGGAGGUCCUUUUGCCAACUUCACUUAUGAAUCAUUCUUGUCAAAUGUUGGUCUAUGUGGUACUCCUCGAAUGCAUGUCCCACCUUGCCCUGCUAAUACUCCUCGGAUGCAUCAAUCAAAGAAGAACAGAGUGGUUCUCAUUGUACUUGUCUCCUUGGCAGUUAUUGUACUGCUAAUUGCCACUAUUACUGUAUACCUGAUUUUAAAGAGGCGCAGGAAGGAGCUUCCCAGUGAACCCGACUUGCUUUCGGCAAUAACACCUGCAAGAUUUUCAUAUUAUCAAAUCCAAAGGGCAACCAAUGGAUUCAAUGAAAGCAACUUGCUGGGUACCGGAAGUUUUGGUUCUGUUUACAAAGGAACUUUAACAAAUGGGAUGCAUGUAGCUGUCAAGGUUUUUCGUUUGAUACAUGAAGAUGCAAGUAAGAGUUUUGACCGUGAGUGUGAAGUUUUACGUCACAUUCGUCACAGAAAUCUCACAAAGGUUCUCGGCAGUUGUUCUAACUUGGAUUUUAAAGCAUUGGUGCUAGAGUACAUGUCUAAUGGGAGUCUACACAAGUGGUUAUAUUCUCACAAUUAUUUCUUAGAUAUGAUGCAAAGAGUGAGUAUAUUGAUAGAUGUGGCAUCUACAUUGGAAUAUCUACACAAUGGUUAUUCCAAGCCUGUUAUCCAUGCUGACUUGAAACCCAGCAAUAUUUUAAUAGAUGCUGAUAUGGUGGGACAUCUGAGUGACUUUGGUGUUGCAAAGCUCUUAAGGGAUGGGAACUCCACAGCCUUUACAAAUUCCCUUGCAACAAUUGGUUACAUUGCCCCAGAGUAUGGACAGGAAGGGCUUGUGUCUACCCGAAGUGAUAUGUACAGUUAUGGUAUCAUGCUGCUUGAAGUUUUUACAAGGACACAACCUGGAGAUGAAAUGUUCAAUGAAGAUUUGAGUUUGAGAUGUUGGGUGCACAAUGCAGUUCCUACCAAAGUAAGUGAGAUUAUAGAUCCCAACUUGGUUGGACCAAAUGAAGACAAAUAUGAUGAAAAAUUGCAGUGUGUGUUGGCUAUCUUUGAGUUGGGCAUGAGAUGUUCUGCAGAAUCCCCUCGAGAGAGAAUGACCAUCAAAGAUGCCUUACUAGCAUUGGAAAAGAUCAAAAUCCAAAUUUUUUCUUUGUAUGCAAGAACUUAA